AUGUCUUCGGAGCCUAACCCUAUUGAAGAAGGGGCAUUGCUCGUCGAUGUCUAUUUGGACAGGUAUUUGGGUUGGAACUUGGAUGGGAAAGGGGAGACGAAUUCGGAGAGGCGCAGACCGGAACUCCGUGUGGAGCCAGAUGCGGGACUGUCGUUGCAAGACGCAUGUUUGGGAGUCACACUCCUUGCUAUCACCUAUUGUCAUACGGUGAUCACGCACAAGCCGGCAGCAGUCAACACAAUCUGCAAGGGAAUGGCGGGACACAAGUGGACCGGCAUUAUCGAUAGAACCGACGGAGUACUUCUGUCCUAUGUACACAAAGAUCUUGGGAGAGUUCUACAUUGGCUGAAAAGUAACCGAAGCUUUUUCUUCCACCCGCACUUCUGCAAGAUGACGGAAUCCCCCGUAUCUAACAUUCCCUUACGGACCCGACUGUUUGGACUCGCGCUCAUGACCAUGGAAGGUGUCUUCGCAAUCAACGAAAAUGGGCUCCUCGACUUUCAGGAGAACGGGCAGCAAAGGGCAGAAGCACUGCUCAGUCACAGAGCAGCGUGGGCGGCUAGCGAAUUGCGCACAUUGAUUGAUAGUUGUGGCUGGCGGAGAGAGAUAGUCGCAGUUGGUAAGUUCCUCUGUCAAGAGAAAACGCUAGAAACCAUCCUAGCCCUAGAACCAGAGUUUCUCUGUACAGGACUGGAUUUGCGCGAAAAAGAGGCAGUGUGCGUAUCAGAAUACGCCAGCCAGUUACCGCGUGCGGUGAAGGAAUUUGGAAAGAAGUCAAGAGAAGCACUAGUGGCCACUGCCCCGUAUCCGAAGGAUAACCGGGUUUAUGCGGCUGUUGGUAACCUAAUAAUUGAUCCACUCGAUAUGAUGUGUUCGCUAUCCCCAAGUAAGAAGGAUGCAGAAGAAGCACUGAAGGAAGCAGCGAACCUGCAGAUGUAG